CCAGGAAUGCGGCUGUUUUUCAGAGAGAGCGCGCGGCUCGUGCUCAGACUGGUUGAAGAUGCCUGAUCUGCCGUUUGCUCUGCUUGUUUUUGGAGUCCUGCUGAGCUCCGGACGAGCUCAAAACGCCCUCAGCAAACUGCCGGACACCUUCAAGAAAGGCGUGGUGGAGCUCGCGCUGAAAAAUGUCAACUCUCACGAAGGAGUCCAGCAGCAUUUUCUCUUCUUUAAAAGCCUUCAGCAGUCGAAAAUUGAGGCAGGGUUUGAUGUAACCUUCAUCUACCACAACUUUUAUCUAAAAGCCACAAAGUGCAAAAGAGGAACGGAGAACGCUGACGCCACCACAUGUGCGUUCAGAAAUGAUCGGCCUCUGAUUGACUGUACCAUCUGCUAUAAAACCUACGCUGGAAAGAUUGAACCAGAACCCAUACCCUAUGUGAGCUGUGUGCAUAAACCGGCUCUUACUGAGGAUAUGAAGAAAGAGCGACUCGAGCGCUGUAAUAAGAUGGGAUACAGCAGUGGAUCCCCAACACUGCUGGCUGUCGGAUCCGAAUGAGAAUACUGGAUGUUCAGGGACAUAAAACUCUCCUAUAGUCAGUCUUUUGUGCCAAAUCAUGCAUAUUUGAUUCAUAAUAUCUAGUGAAUAUACAUUUUUAACAUUUAAACAUCACUGUAUUCCAAUAUUAUGUUUUUAACCCAUAUUCUUUAUGGCCCAUACUAAAGCUGAUUAUAAAACACAAACAUAUACAUGGUAAGAUUUUGCAUUAUAAGACAUAUUGUAGUCUUUUAAGAUAUAUCUAUGUGUAGGUAAACGUUACUAUAUAUUGAUAGUCUGUCUAAAGAAUAUCCAUAUAAUUCUAUAGUGAAUGAAAGAAUUAAAUGGGUCCUAAUAUGCUUUAUACAUACUAGCUUACAGUAACAAUUGCUUUUUUCUAAUUAAUGGAGCCUAUGCAUUGAGUUUAAUAGUGUCUCAUGAACUAGCAUUAUAUUUAAUUUAUUACAUUAAUAAACAUGAACUAAUAGUAAAAUAAAAGUAGCAUGAACUAAUAAACAAUCAUUUUAAAUCAUUGUUAAUUUAAAUAAACAGUUGUUUUAUGACAUUGUUAAUUUCUAGAUUUCUUAUAUUAAAUCCAUUACGUUUAUUAACAUUUAACAUGAAUUACAGUACAAAGCAACAAUAAUUGUAUUUUAACUAAUGUAUAAUUGAUUGUGUGCAUUAUUCACUUUGGCAAUGGGCUAAGCAAAAUAGAGGAAUUCUGAAGAGUGGCCUGGUCACAAAGAUUGUAGUAGAUUGAUAAAUAUGGUCUUAUUUUACAUAUAGCCCUCCCAAAUUUACGAUGCAUUUAGGAUAUUGCAUAUUUUUUGUUCAUUUGCAUAUUUAAUUUUAAGGUUUUAUUUAGGUUCUUUCUCUCUGAAUGUUUCAUUUUAUUCCACUAGGUGGCAGUAAAGUUUUCUUUUUUUAAAUCUUGUUUUGAACAAAAUAAACGUUCUGUCAUA